AUGUCACGUGCCUUUGACACGAUCAGGCGAGGACAGUUGAUGGACGUGGUUCAGCGAUUCUUGGAAGAAGACGAGGUACGCUUGAUCCGUUACCUGAUCUCAGAUACGAAUUUGGCAGUCAGACUGGGCACGGAAACAUCAAGCUCUUUCUCCACUAACAUUGGUACCCCGCAAGGCGACUCCUUGUCGCCAAUUCUAUUCGUGAUCUACCUGGAAGCUGCCCUGCAGGAUGUGCGACAGCGAAUGGCUGCACCUGUGGCCCGGCAUCUUCCGUACGAUGUGGAGUACGCCGAUGAUGUGGACUUCAUCAGUAUCUCUAGUGAUUGGCUUCGGAUGUUAGAGCCACAAGUUGCCACCAUCUUGGGUACAUGGUCCCUUACCGUCAACCAGACCAAGACAGAAUUCACAGCCAUCCAGCGAGAGGCCGAUCGUGCUGAUGAGCCAUGGCGUAUGGUCAAGAAACUCGGCUCUCUCCUUGGUGAUGCAGAGGAUGUCACCCGCAGAAAGCAGCUUGCGGCGAUAGCGUUUAAGUCCCUCUGCCAGUUAUGGAAGAGAAGAGACCAAAGAAACGCGCAGUUUGCCGCAGAGCAGUGUGAGAGCACGUGCUGGACACCGACCUUGUACUAG